AUGAAUCAUUCCACCUGGCAACAGCAAAAGUGGAGUUUGGCACAGGUCAAAGGGGAAAGCAAGGAGGAAUUCCACUUUGGAAAGGAAAAGGGCAGUUCCAAACGAAGGACCCAGUCUCAAGGGGCAAGCUUCCCGGUGUCCAAGUGUCAAGUCCCGAGGGCUUGUGUCCGCCGAAAGCUUCCUUUUUUCUUUUUAGUCUUUCCUUGCAAUGAACCGAAAGGUGAGAGGCAGGGCUCGGUCUCAAGGUUUAAUUUAAAGUCACUAGUCAGUCCAACUGCACGAGUGAAAGGCGAAAGUAAAGAUUACGUGCAACCAGGUGUAACGUGUCAAAGGUCACCGAGUCGUCGUAAAGGGGAAUAG